AUGCCGACGCAACUCAGCGACCCGAAAGAGUACCAGAAGAUCUUCCACUGGGCCGAGACCCAGAAGAAUGGGGAAAUACCGUCUUUUGGCACCAGAAAGAAUGAUCCCUACAAGUAUCAGCCGGGGUUCAACAAUCAUUUCGAAUCCGAGGCAGUCCCUGGCACCAUUCCCCAGGGUCAAAAUAGUCCUCGCCAUGUGCGUUUUGGGCUCUACGCAGAGCAGAUGACAGGCACGGCAUUCGUCGCCCCCAGACAUACGAACAAGCGCUCCUGGCUCUAUCGUGCGCGUCCGGCUGUCGCACACCAGGGUUUCACGGAUUUGCCAGACCUCAAAGAUACAGAAACGAAUUUCCUGACAAUCAACCCGCGAGUGCAUAUCUCGCCCACUCAGCUGGCGUGGCUGCCGUUUGAUAUUCCUGAGGGAGAGCCCACGGAUUUCACGACGGGCCUCAAGACGGUUGCGGGCAGUGGCGAUCCCACCCUACGCGAAGGCUUAGCCACUCAUGUGUACCUUGCCAACAAGAGCAUGGAGAAGAAGGCCUUCGUCAACAGCGAUGGCGAAAUGCUCAUCGUGCCGCAGCAGGGCGCCCUGGACAUCCAAACCGAAUUCGGACACCUGUACGUCCAGCCCGGCGAGAUCUGCGUGAUCCAGCGCGGCCAACGCUUCAAGGUCAAAGUCGAAGGCCCCACACGCGGCUACAUCCUCGAAGUCUGGGGCUCGAACUGGGAGCUUCCGGGGCUGGGACCGCUAGGCGCCAACGGGCUGGCCAACCCGCGGGACUUCCUGCACCCGGUGGCGGCGUACGAGGUGACGCAGAACGACCCGUGGGAGGUGGUGUACAAGCUGGGCGGCAAGUACUUCCGCAGCACGCAGAACCACAGCCCGUUCGACGUGGUGGCGUGGCACGGCAACUACGUGCCGUACAAGUACGACCUGACCAAGUUCGUCAACGUGGGCAGCAUCUCGGUCGACCACAUCGACCCUUCGAUCUUCUGCGUGCUGACGGCGCCCUCGCGCGACCCGCACGCGCCCCUCGCCGACUUCCUCAUCUUCUCGCCCCGCUGGGACGUCGCCAGCCACACGUACCGGCCUCCGUACUACCACCGCAACGUCGCGUCGGAGCUGAUGGGCCUCAUCUACGGCGACUACGGCGGCCGCUCCGACGAGUUCCGCCCGGGGAGCAUCUCGUUUGAGUGCGGAAUGGUGCCGCAUGGUGUGGCGUACGAGCAGUUCAAGGCUGCGUCUGAGAACGAGCAGCCCCAGGUGCAGAUCUCGCUGGCUAGCAUCGCGUUCAUGUUCGAGAGCAGCCGCCCCUUUACCAUCACUGACUACGCCUGGAACAGCGACAAGAAGCACGAGCACGAGCCUAAGAUGUGGGACAAUCUGGUUGACAACUUUUCGAGCCACAAGGCCGAGGUUGACGACAUUCUGGCGAAGGCAGCGAAGGGGUUGAAGAUUGGCAGUUGA